ACCUCAGAAGUUUUUUUUUUGCUUUUUGUGACGUAUUGUAGCCUUGUUUCAUGUCAUGUGAACUGAUUUUAACUUGACACAGAAGAGAAGGUGCUUAGGAUUCAUCAACCAAUAGGAUCAUCACACAUAGACUGGGACCUAUGAUAGUUAUUGCAGUCGUAGGAUUUAAGUAACGGACAGCAGGAAGCAACUUCAGAACUGGAUUCUUCAACCUCUUUCACUUUGCAAUUACACAUACGGCUAAUAAACAUCUCACCGGGACAAGAAGGAGAGAAUGACCGUAAACUGAAGUCAUCUGACACUUGGAUUGUGAAAUAUUCCCUUCAGUCGACAAAAAAUGGCUUGUUAUUUUAGGUUAAUAGUCCAGGUUGUGUUCUGCAUCGUUCUCCCAACAGUUUCAACUGAUGAAUCCAACCCUAUUAACUCCACAAUUAUCAGAGAACUGCUCAUCUCAUCACAUGAAGAAAGCCUUAAAAUUGUUGAUGAAGUCCUUUUCCAUGAGAGACAAAGGAGAAGCACAUCAGCGUCUAACAUGCAUGUGUUGACAUUCCUCCGGCAAACGGAGCCUGAAACCCAGGAGAUUUCACGAGCUGCAGAAGUUUUUCAAACAACAUUACAAGUAUUAAAGAACAGAGCAAGACAGAGAUAUAAAAGGGAAGUCACAACAUCAGAGUUGCUGUCAAUGAGUGAUGUGGAGCUGCUUGCAGAGCUGUCAGAGUGCCUCAUUCCCCUGCAAUCUAUCACCUGCCCACAAGAUGAUGACGACAAAUACCGCACCAUAACUGGCCUUUGCAAUAACAGGCAAAAUCCUCUCUGGGGAGCAGCCAACACUCCCUUCGUCAGAUGGCUUCCAGCUGAAUAUGAAGACGAAGAGAGAGAACCCAAGGGUUGGAACCCAGGACGGCUCUAUAAUGGAUUCCAACUUCCCUUGGUAAGGCAAGUCAGCCAAGAAAUCCUGCGGAGCUGCAGUAAACCUAGUGAUGAUGCUUUUUCCCAAAUGCUGGUGGAAUGGGGUCAGUACAUCAACCAUGACAUAACCUUUACCGCCCAAAGUCCCGGCACAGCUAUGAGAAUGUCAGGUGUGGACUGUUUAAACACAUGUGAAAAUGUGCAUCCUUGUUUUCCCAUAAAGUUCAGUCAGAUGCAGUGUGGUGAACAAGACUGCCUGCCUUUUACUCGCUCCGCACCAGCUUGUUUUGUCAAUUGCACGUCUGAUGUCAGACAAGCUCUGCAGCGACAGCAGAUGAACAUCAUUACAUCGUUCAUUGAUGCUUCUCUGGUAUAUGGAAGCACACCCAAACAGCAAGCCUCCCUCCGAGACCUGUCCAGCGAUGAGGGGAAACUUGCUGUAAAUGAGCGACUGAAGGAUCCCAAAGGAAGAGACUACCUUCCUUUUGUGGCCAGCCUGCCCUCACCCUGUCGACAGGACCCUAACGAUGUGGAUGGGGAGAGAGUGGAGUGUUUCGCCGCUGGAGACACUCGGGUCAACGAGGGCUUGCCCUUGACCGUGUUGCAUACUCUUUUUUUUCGAGAGCACAAUCGAAUUGCAGGAGAACUCAAACGUAUCAACUGUCACUGGAGCUCGGAGACCGUGUACCAAGAAGCACGCAAGAUUAUUGGAGCUCUCCACCAGAUCAUAACUAUGAGAGACUAUAUGCCUAAAAUUCUCGACCAAGAGUCCUUUGAUCAUUACAUCGGACCCUAUGAGGGAUACGAUGAAACAGUGGACCCCUCAGCCUCCAAUGUGUUUGCCACUGCUGCAUUCAGGUUCGGCCAUCCUACCAUUUCACCGAUCCUCAUGAGACUGGAUGAAAAGUUCCAGGAACAUAAGUGUUUCCCCCACUUGAGACUGCACCAGACUCUCUUCAGUCAAUGGAGAAUAGUUAAAGAAGGUGGAAUUGAACCGAUCCUGAGAGGUAUGAUUGGAGUGGCAGCACGAACUGUUAGCCCAGACAUGCUCGUGACAGAAGAAGUAGCUCAAAAAUUGGUUGUCCUUAAUAUUCCCAGGGAGAUGGAUUUAGGUUCAUUAAAUCUGCAGAGAGGGAGAGACCACGGCCUCCCAGGAUACAAUGACUGGAGAGUAUUCUGUGGACUGAGCCCCAUUAAGACCCUAGAUCAUCUCAAAAGCAUUGUAAAAGAUACCAGUGUUGCAGAGAAGAUACUAAAAAUAUACAAGCAUCUUGAUAAUAUUGAUGUAUGGUUUGGAGGAAUCAUUGAAAGCUUCAAUCCCAACUCAAGAAUCGGUCCUCUGUUCUCCUGCCUCAUGGGAAAGCAGAUGAAAGCGCUGCGGGAUGGUGACAGGUUUUGGUGGGAGGCGGAAAAUGUAUUCACGCAGCAACAGAAGGCUGAGCUUUCAAAAACAUCUCUGUCUCGAAUUAUUUGUGACAACACUGACAUUAAGGAAGUCCAUCCAGAUGCCUUCAGGUUUGAGAAAUACCCCUCUGGUUACCUGUGUUGUGAUGAUAUACCAUCAAUUAAUUUGGAAGCCUGGAGAGAGGAGAAGCACUGAGGUUGACUUGCAAGUCCUCUGGGCCGUUCUUGAAAGAUGUUCUUUUGAAUAUUAUCGGUUCUGCUAUACAUUAAUGUCUGAAAGUUAUCACUGGGCUCCGAAAUUGGAAAAUAUGUCUCUUGAAGACAGAAAAUAAUAAGAGUUUUAUUAUAUUGUCUUGUACAUCUAGUAAAUUGGUUGCUUUGUACGACUGCUGCCAUGGAUUCUAAUUAAAGGGACUGCUGCAUUAGUUUUUAAGAUUCAGGAUUCAAGAAUGUUUAUUGUCAUUAUGUGCACUUAAUUACAUUUUUCUUAGAGGUAGUUCUCAGCUAGAUAAAAAAUAAAGAGAAAAUAUAAUAACACUCAAGAAUCUGUACAUCAAUAUAAAAAACACUAAAGAAUAAGUGUAUCAAGACCAUGUACAAUGUAUAUAGAAAGAAAUGUAAAAAAAAAAAAAAAAAUGUAGAUUCCAGUGCGUUAACAAUAACAGAGCAAAACAAUAUGUGCUGUUAGGAUACAAU